CGCCCCAGUCCCGGCUCACGUGAUCACGCCUGGGGAGAAAACGCCUGACUCUAGACCCCGGCCUUCACCAUACGGCCUUUUUCUUCUUGCGGCUUAUCAGCCUCUUACCCUUCAGCCACCUGCGGGUCUCUCGACACUGUCCCGGGGUCCUCCCCGGAGCCCUGUCCACCAUGCGGCUCCUGCCUCUGGCCCCAGGUGGGCCCCGACGGCGCAGCCCCCACCACUUCCCCUCCUGCAGUCUAGCACUGCUGCUGCUUUCGCUGGGCUGCUGCCUGGAGGUCUCCCGGGUGGCGGCGGGCUCUCGGAGGCCCAAUGUGGUGCUGCUCCUCACCGACGACCAGGACGAAGUGCUCGGCGGCAUGACACCACUAAAGAAAACCAAGGCGCUCAUCGGAGAGAUGGGGAUGACUUUUUCCAGUGCUUAUGUGCCAAGUGCUCUUUGCUGCCCAAGCCGAGCCAGUAUCUUGACAGGGAAGUACCCACAUAAUCAUCACGUUGUUAACAACACUUUAGAGGGGAACUGCAGUAGUAGGUCUUGGCAGAAGAUUCAGGAACCGAAUACUUUCCCAGCAAUUCUCAGAUCAAUGUGUGGUUAUCAGACCUUUUUUGCAGGGAAAUACUUAAAUGAGUAUGGAGCUCCAGAUGCAGGUGGACUAGAACAUGUUCCUCUGGGAUGGAGUUAUUGGUAUGCUUUGGAAAAGAACUCUAAAUACUAUAAUUAUACCCUCUCUAUCAAUGGGAAGGCACGGAAGCAUGGUGAAAACUACAGCGUGGACUACCUGACAGAUGUUUUGGCUAAUGUCUCCUUGGACUUCCUGGAUUACAAGUCCAACUCUGAACCGUUCUUCAUGAUGAUCUCCACUCCAGCGCCUCAUUCACCUUGGACAGCCGCACCUCAGUACCAGAAGACCUUCCAGAAUGUCUUUGCACCAAGAAACAAGAAUUUCAACAUUCAUGGAACGAACAAGCACUGGUUAAUUAGGCAAGCCAAGACCCCAAUGACUAAUUCUUCAAUACAGUUUUUAGAUAAUGCAUUUAGGAAAAGGUGGCAAACUCUACUCUCAGUUGAUGACCUUGUGGAGAAAUUGGUCAAGAGGUUGGAGUUCAAUGGGGAGCUCAACAACACUUACAUCUUUUAUACCUCGGACAAUGGCUAUCACACAGGACAGUUUUCUUUGCCAAUAGACAAAAGGCAGCUAUAUGAGUUUGAUAUCAAAGUUCCACUGUUGGUUCGAGGACCUGGGAUCAAACUAAAUCAGACAAGCAAGAUGCUUGUUGCCAACAUUGACUUGGGUCCUACUAUUUUGGACAUUGCUGGCUAUAACCUGAAUAAGACACAGAUGGAUGGGAUGUCUUUAUUGCCAAUUUUGAAAGGUGCCACUAAUGUGACCUGGCGAUCAGAUGUCCUGGUGGAAUAUCAAGGAGAAGGUCGUAAUGUCACUGACCCAACAUGCCCUUCUCUGAGUCCUGGAGUAUCUCAAUGUUUCCCAGAUUGUGUGUGUGAAGAUGCUUAUAACAACACAUAUGCCUGUGUGAGGACCAUGUCAGCACUGUGGAACUUGCAGUAUUGUGAGUUUGAUGACCAGGAGGUGUUUGUAGAAGUCUAUAACUUAACUGCUGACCCACACCAAAUCACUAACAUUGCUAAAAGUAUAGACCCAGAGCUUUUAGGAAAGAUGAACUAUCGGCUAAUGAUGUUACAGUCCUGUUCUGGACCAACCUGCCGCACUCCAGGGGUUUUUGACCCCGGAUAUAGGUUUGACCCGCGUCUCAUGUUCAAUCAUGGCAGUAUCAGGACUCGAAGAUUUUCAAAACAUCUGUAGCAACCUCUGCAGUUGGAUCUCUGAACACCUUUCUGAUGAAGUGAUUAUAGUAGGUGUCUGUAGCUAGUCUUUAAGACCAUGCCUGGAAGAGUUUCUGGACUGGCUUUAAGUCCUGUUCUAAAAGGCAGCCCAAUCAGCUGGCUUCCUUGUGCAAUGUGUUAAUACUGUGAACCCUGCCCAUGUGUCAGGAGUGGCUGUCCCUGGUCUCUUAACUCAGCUGAUAACAGAUGCUCCUGAGGUCUUUAUUCUCACCAUACUGUCCCCUAUCUGUCUUGGCAUUCCAGUUCCCCAUUAUUCCUCAUGUGGUCAAAGUCUAAAUUUAUAAAUCUAUUCAGAUAAAUGGCAAUACUUUAGGGGGGAAAUGUUUUUGGUAUACAGCUUGACCUGAAAUCAAAGGACCUGCAUAUAGCUUUUCAGAUUGAGCACUUCACAAUCAAAAGUACUAACAUCACAUGGCUUGAAGAAUAACUUAGAGCUGACUCAUCUGAUUAAAAACAAGUACAUUGUUUUUAGGUUAGGAGAAAUAUAACAUCCAUCACAGUGUGAUAAGGUCACAAAUUCAAAAUGUGUCAACCAAGCCCUUUUCUUUUUUUUUUUUUUUUGGAAUUCUGGGCUGGUGCUACACUGAAAUAGAACAGUAAAUUUUUAGUGAAGGCUAAUUCCAGGUAGUUAUUGAAGGUGAUAGCCAUCUACUUUCCAGUGGCUGCUAACCACAUGGAGUACCAGUUAACACCAGGGCUACUGAGGGAAUGUCUCUUCUAUGAACACUUUCCCCUGAGCUCUGAAAAAUAAAGUGGCUUAGGUUUCUCAGCAGAGAAAAAAUUCCAAGGGUUAGUGAAGGUUGUAUUUUCUGAGGGCCUUCUGUAGAUAGGGCUCUAGUUGGGAUGCAGUAAGUGCCUGUCCAGCAGGGAGUCUGGGUUUCAGCCCUACAUGAGGUUGCUUUGACCCUCUCUGCAUUUUACUGACAUUCUGUUUAACAUAUAAAAAUUUCUUACAGUUGAUGCAAAGUACCAACUACUUUACCCUACCUUCUUCCCUUUCAGAUAAGUUCUUCCCGAGUUUUUGGAGUCUUGUAUAAGUUGGGCCCCAUUAGCUAUUUUCCCGUCAAAACCAGAUCUUGAGGAUUCAUCUUCUCUGCUUAUGUUCAUAACACCUACAUUUGUAUGUUUCUUGGCUCAAAGGCCAAUUCUGUUUCCACUGUUUUCUUCACAAGAAAACUAAUCAGUGAUAGGACAGCAGGGGAGGAGGAAGAGUUGUGGUUUAUAACCUGUUCAACUCAGGCAACAGUCAUUUUAGCUUUAAGAUCUUAGGUUGAGCUUUAAGCACUUUGUAAGACAUGGCCAUAGCAGCUUUUCUAUCAGAAUUCCAGAUAGCCAUGAUGGGUUCAUAGCCAUUGGGUUUAUUCCUUUACCUCGUGCAAUCCCAUUAAUUGUGGUAUUUAGAGGUGAACUAGGCAAAUGAAAUGAACACCUCUGCUGUGAAUAUAGGGGAAAAAAUUCUUAAAAUUUCGUAACUGAAAGCAAACUACAAUGUUGAAUAUGGGUAUUGGCUUCAUUCUACACUUUUGAUUCAUAACAUUAAUCAGUCAACUUCUACAUUAAUGCAAGUUGACCAUAGUUAUUCCUGAAUAAAAAGAAACCAACUCUUAACCAGGUCUUGUACUGUGAUGUUAUAUUAUUAGUUUAUGAUGCUGGUUCCUGAAAGUCGUAAGAGUAACACACAAGUCAGCUGCCAAUAAUCUCCCUGCCACACUGCUCUUACAUUCAGCAGAUUCCUGUUUGGGUGGUGGGGAUGUGGUUGAGGCCCUCUCUGCACCUCUCUUAUUUUUGGUACAUUUCCUACCUAACUUUUGAAUGGCUUCUAAUUUGACUUUCUCUUGGACUGGCUUCAUUCUGGAUCUGUGCUAAAAUCUAAAUUCAUUUUUUUGUUAACAGGCCUAGCAGACUACAAAACACACUGAACUUUUCAGAAUGUCUAUGUACCCACUGCAAGAGGCUUGCCUUGUUUCUCUCUUAAUUGUACUGAUUUAAAUUUUGAUUAUUUUAAGAAGGCCAGGUUCUUAUCUGUGUCCUUCAGAAUAGACAACUCUAUUAGUAAUGAACAGAGGCCAUAGGAAUGAAGAGACUUUGCCUUAUAAGAUUACCUAUUACAUAGCUCUUCCUCAGACAACAAAGUGGGCAACACCUUUUGAAUAUCUCUGAAUUCGACCAACGGUGCUGUUGCAAAAUACACUUUUUUUGUGGUCAGUACAUUUUUUUGUCAAUAGAAAUUGACAACACGUGGGAUUUUGUACAAAAUAGUAACCAUAGUCAUGGAAGUUAUACCUUAAUCUGUAAGAUAUUCUUAAACUUAAGUGUCUAAAUUAAGGAUUAGUACUUUUUUAACAAAAGAUGAAUUGUCCCAGGAUCCUUAUUAAGAAAAAGCAAAGGGUAUUUAAACUGAUCCACCAAUGGAACUUGAUGGGAAUAUUUGGGUUCUUUAGUUUUACCACCACUUUGGUCCCACUGAAUUUUGUGACUUCCUAUGUUCUCAUCAUCUGUUCCUAGAAGUUAUUCUGUCCUGGCUAUAUGUCACUUUAGUCAUUUGACUUAGAAAGUGCCCUUCAAAGGACCCUGUUCACUGCUGCACUUUUCAACGAAUUAAAAUUUAUUUCUGUUCUA